CGCGAGAGAGGGAACGACGCGUUCGACGACGGUCGGUUCGAACGGGCGGUGGGGCACUACACGCGGGCGAUCGAGUGCAGGGCUGGGGAUGCGAAGAGUUACUCCAAUCGUAGCGCGUGCUUUUUGAAGAUGGGCAAGUAUUCGCAGGCGCUGAGCGACGCCGAGCGCGCGGUGGACAUCGACGGGCAUUACGCCAAGGCGAGGACGCGCGUGGGCGCGGCGGCGUUGGCGAUGGGGAACACCGAUGUGGCCAAGAGAUCAUUCGAACUCGCGUUGAAGCUCGACCCGACGUCACAAACGGCGCGAGACGGGUUGAAAGCGUGCGAACGC